UUUAAUCAUCAUGACUACACUUAAUGUUUCGAUUAACCUUAAUCAAUUUCAACUCAUAUUAUAAAAGGAGGAAGAUAAGAAAUAAUAACAAUACUCAUUAUAAAGAAAAGAAUAUCCGAAAGGAUCAAUCAAUCUAUAUGAAUCAAGAUUUGAAAAAGUUUCGUUAUCAAACCAAAAGAUAAACGAAGUGAUAGGCUGGAUGUUAAUAAUAGCUGUCAUUUUGAUGUUAAUUGUGUUGCCGAUCUCAAUAAUCUAAAAUUCCAUUAUUGGAUUCGCAAUACCACUAAUGUCAGUUACGACAUUCUUUAUAGUAUAUAUAAAUUGGAUUUCUAUGAAGUUUUUUAUAAACUCCUGAG